AUGAGGACGACCAACGACUCUCUGAUAACAGACUCGCUCGAGCGAAGACAAUCUUCGGAGGCGCUAUUGAGCGAAAAGGCAGACGAGCACGAUCUUGAAAAAAACUCACUUCAGAAAAAUGCCCUCCGCCUUUGUUCUACGGGGCCUCUAGUGAAGUUUCAUCGACCACUCUACUUGCUCUACCAGACUGCUCUAAUUGGGCUUGCCCUGUUCGGAGUAGUCGGUUUCAUCUUCCCGCGCGCUUCGUCUUUGCAACAACCGUGGCAGCGAAAAGACACUUUCGGGGUUUCCUACGAUGACGACGGAGCAGUGCACUUUAAAGUGCAUCCAUGCGACUGCGGAAACUCCGUGGCCGAGGCACUGAGUAACGGAUGCAUCUAUGAUGAGUUAUCAGCAGCCUGGCUUCCAGAACGCUGCCGUGAUGAUGAGCUCACAGCCGAGUUCGCGAGAUUGGGUGACGGGCCGGACGGGCGUUGGAUGUACUGGGCAGAUAAAAGCCGGACAGUGAAUCUCACUGUCCACGAGGCAUCCCUUUAUUCUGACCUACAGCCCAAGCCAUAUUACAUGAGUCGGGAGUGGCACGUGAAGCACUGUUUAUACUUGUGGCUGAAAGAACACCGUUUCAAAAUCAACGGGAAGUAUUUUGAUCCGCGAGCAGAUUCAGAUGAGCACAUCUUUCACUGUAUGAUGGUUUUGACGUCGACAAACACACACAGCUUUACCUCCGCCGGGGCAUCUCUAGUCGGAUGA